AACACCACCAGAGUGGUUUAUCCUCAAUCAUCUGUUGAAGCAUAGCAGAUUAUAUGCACACGCAAAAUUUCCUUGUUAGCAAUCGUACUAGUUUCCUUGUUAAGCAUCACCACUUCAAUGCAACUCGAAUGAGAGGAGAAGAAAAAAAUUGAAGUACCGACGUUCUUGUGGGCUAACAUAUACGCCCUAAGGGACAAAAGUAAUGCAUGCCUUUAGGCAAUUUCAAAGCAAUCAAGUGGGUUGGUUUUUUGUUGAGCAAUUGAUAAUUUUGAAAUUGCAAAGAAUGUGAAUGCCAUACCUCCAGUUAGAGCCACAAGUCUUUUUUAUGCCACCAUCACAUGAAGCCUCUUCCAUAGCAUCUCUCCUCAUUCAAAAAUGCAACUCCACAACCACCCUCAGAAAAGCCCGCCAACUCCACGCCCUCUUCCUAACCGCCAUGCCUGCCGCCCCUCAAUCGCCGUUUCUCAACAACAACAUCAUCUCCAUGUAUGCUCGAUGCAGUUCCCUCGGCGACUCUCGCCUCCUGUUCGACAAAAUGCCUCAACGAAAUAUUGUCUCCUACAAUGCCCUCAUCGCGGCCUAUUCUCGAAGCUCACAGCAUGCAUUUUCAGCCUUCAAACUGCUCGAACAAUUGGAAAAUGAAAGCCAUCGACCGAAUGGUUCCACGUUCACGAGCCUUUUACACGCAUCUUCUUUGCUUGAAGAUUGCUUGAUGGGUUAUGCACUUCACACCCAAGUCAUAAAAUUUGGAUUCGUGGAUGAUACGCGUGUCCAAACAUCCUUACUUGGAAUGUAUUCGAAUUGUGGGGAUUUGGGAUUGGCGAAAGAAGUAUUCGGCUGCAUAGUUGACAAGGAUGCUGUGGCUUGGAAUUCAAUAAUUUUUGGGUACCUGAAAAAUGAAAACAUAGAAGGUGGUCUUCAUUUCUAUGGCAGCAUGGCGAGGAGUGGUACGAUUGCUACCCAAUUCACAUAUUCAAUGGUUUUGAAUGCCUGUGGCAGACAAAAAGAUCAUAGCUUUGGGCAACUUGUACAUGCCCAAGUGAUCAUAUCUGGCGUAACAACUGAUUUGCCUUUGCAGAAUUCACUGCUUGACAUGUACUGCAGUUGUGGAGACAUUUCCACGGCAUUUGAAAUCUUUAGUAGAAUUGAGAACCCCGAUUUAGUUUCAUGGAAUUCAAUGAUGGCCGGGUAUUCAGAGACUGGUCUUAGAGAGGAGGCCAUGGAAAUGUUUGUCCAAUUGCAGCAAAUGUCAUUUGUUAAACCAGAUGAGUAUACGUUUGCAGCCAUCAUAUCUGCAACAAGAACAUUCCUCGGUUCUGAAUAUGGAAAACCACUGCAUGCACAAGUUAUCAAAACAGGAUAUGAGCUGAGUGUCUACGUAGGAAGCACAUUGAUAUCUAUGUACUUCAAUAAUUCUGAAACCAAUUCAGCUCAAAAGAUUUUCAGUUCAAUCUCAGAGAAAGAUGUCAUUUUAUGGACCGAGAUGAUCACAGGUCAUUGUAGAACAGCUGAUGGAGAGAAUGCAAUUAAGUUAUUCCAUGGAAUGUUGCAGGAAGGCCAAAAGAUUGAUAGUUUUGCUCUCAGUAGUGCUCUGAGCGCCUGUGCUGACCUUGCGACUUUGAAACAAGGUGAGAUGAUUCAUUGCCAGAGUGUAAAAACAGGAUAUGAUGUUGAAAUAUCAGUCCAUGGCAGUCUAAUAGAUAUGUACGCCAAAACCGGGGACCUUCAAGCUGCUAAAUCGACAAUUUCCCAAGUCAAAUCCCCUGAUUUGAAGGCCUGGAAUGCAAUGCUUGGAGGGUAUAGUCACAAUGGGAAGGCAGAAGAAGCAAUGAAGGUUUUUGAUGAACUUCUGAAGAACAAUCUCAGACCAGAUCAUGUAACAUUCAUUUCUCUCCUGACUGCUUGUAGCCACUGUGGAUUGAUUGAUAAAGGAAAGUUUCUAUGGAAUUACAUGAAAGAAAAUGGUUUGAGACCUGGGCGUAAGCACUACUCUUGCAUGGUUAGUUUGUUGAGUCGAGCAGGACUGUUGGAAGAGGCAGAGGAAAUGAUUUCCGAGUCACCUUUUAGUGAAGAUUACAUUGAUUUGUGGAGAACAUUGUUGGGCUCAUGUGUCACCAACAGAAAUUUAGAAUUAGGGGUUCGCGUUGCUGAGGAAGUUUUAAGCAUAGACGCAGAUGACAAUGCAACACAUGUAUUGCUUACCAAUCUUUAUGCAGCUGCAGGUAAAUGGGACGCAGUCACAAGAAUGAGAAGAAAGAUGAGAGGACUGAUGUUGGAAAAAGACCCUGGUUUAAGCUGGAUUGAGGUUAUGAAUGAUAUCCAUGUGUUCUCUUCCGGUGAUCAAUCACAUCCGAAGAUCAAUGAAAUGCAAGAUGAAUUGCAUAGACUACAAGGAAACAUGAAAAGAUCAAAAACAGAUGGAAAAUGACAACUUUGAAUGUUUUAAUUAGAAGUGAUAUAAGUGUACACUUUGAAUCUUUUAAUCUGUUGAUAUGACGUGUCAUCACCAGGCAAUCUCUAAACCUUUUUUUUUUUUUGGUGGCAAGUUUAAUCAAUGAUCCCUGUAAGUUUGCUUGAAUUUCAAUUUGAACACAUUUGACUUUGAA